CUUCCUGUUUAUUCUUCCAGAACCAAUAAUUAUCUGAUCCUCCAUAGGAAUUAUCGACAGCCAACAAGAAACAAAUAGGAAAAAAUAGGAGAGAAACCCACCACAUUUAGUACCGGCGAAGAAGGAAGUUGCCGCUGUGAGUGUAUCUUUAGGGUUUAUUUUUCGCGGCGUUUUCGGGGCGAAUGACAGCUUCUAGGCUCUUGAUUUUCUCCCUCUUUUUGGCCCUAAUUUUCACCCAGAUUAGAGCCGAUGUCUCAACCGAACCACUGAUUGAAUCCGACGACGCCGGUUCUUCUGCUCUGAAGGCGGAGUUGGAUCAACUGAAGUCUAAGAUCCGUCUUCUUGAAUCAAAUGUCGAGGAGAAAAUUCGAGAACUGAAAACCAAAGACGGGAAAAUAAAGGAGAAAGAUAAAAUUAUUAAAGCCAAAUCUCACGGCAUCGCAUCGUUGCAAACUGAAUUAUCAUCUCUUCAGAAAAAGGGAACCUCGGAUGCUGAUGAGCAAGUGCGAAAAGCUCAUGCGCAGGCACUUGAAUUGCAGAAACAGGUUGAUAAACUUAAAACUGAAUUAGAAGCAAAAUUAAAGGAAGCAGAUUCCUUGGAAGCCCGAGUAAAUAAAGCUGAGAACAAGUUGAAUGAAUUGAGUUUGAAGCUAGAGAAUCUUGAAAAUAUCAAUAAGGAGCAGGUGAACAAAAUAGCAAAAACUGAGCGAGCUCUAAAAAUUGCCGAGGAAGAAUUGAUUAAGACAAAGCUUGAGGCCACUUCAAAGGGAAAUGAACUGAUGGAGGUUCACAGGGCAUGGCUCCCACCUUGGCUUGCUAUGCAGUUAAACCAUGGUCAGGCCUUCAUUAGGACACAUUGGACUGAGCGUGGAAAACCGGCCAUGGAUAUGGUGGUGCAGAAGGCUCUGGAGAAAAAGGCCUUAGCUGAAAAGUGGGCUGAACCCCACGUGGAAACAUUUAAAACUAAAUGGGUUCCAGCUAUCAAGGAUCAGUGGGUGGUGGUAACUGCACAUGCUGAACCACAUGUGCGAUCACUAAAAACAAAAACUGUUGAAGUUUAUGAGGCAUCAAAGACUGCAGUAACUCCUCAUGUUGUCAAAGUUCAAGAAAUAGUUGAUCCUUACUUCCAGGAAACAAAGAAGUUCAGUAAGCCAUAUAUUGAUCAGGUAGUUAAUGCUUAUGGGACAUUUUUGGAAUCAGCAACAACAUACCAUCAACAGGUUCAAGCUUCUGUGCAAGAGACUUUGAAGAAGCAUGAGCUGACCAGGCCUCUUGCAACCAAAGAGCUCGAGUGGUUUGCGAUAUGUAUAUUGGCAUCUGCUCUAUUGGCUCUACCUAUUACUAUUUUGUUCAGAAUAUUUUCAACCGUUUUCUGCAAAAAGGAAAAGAAGCAUGCUCGACAUGCUCAUACAACCCAUGGUCGUCGCAAGGGCAAAAGGGGGCACACGGACAAGUAGACUGCAUGCGUUUGUGUUUUGGUCUCUUUAAUGUUGGAAAUAUUAGAGGCUAGCUGAACGUGUUGUUUUUAGAGGGUCUAGGUUAUCAAUGUUGGACAGGGCUUUGUCAUUGGAAGUGACAAAUCUCUUAUUACCCCACAAGAUCCCUUGUUUUAUUAUUUUUUGUGGGUGGGAGAAAUAUGAAAAACAAAUAGUUUAAGAACCCUAGUCACGCUACAUAGUUGAAAACUUGAGGUCCAUGGUUGUUGUAGUUGUGUAUUUUAUUUAUGUUAAUUUCAUUUCAUCUCGUUUUUAUUCU